AUGGUAUAUACAGUCCCCCUUAUCAUAUUCAUGGACAAUGUUUCCGGUAACAUAUCCAAGCAGUGGAAUAAACACCACGCAAUUUAUAUGUCGAACGCAAAUUUACCACGUGAGAUGCUGGAGAAAGAAUUUUUUGUGUGCUUCGUCACAUCUUUGCCGCAUGCUGCUCCCAUGGAACUCAUGCGGGCAAUGAAACAAUCAAUUUCUGAUGCAGCCAUGUCUGGUGUCGUCACGAGGGACUGCAAAGACAAUGAAGAAGUUUUGCUGAUUCCGUGCAGGCUUUUCCUUGCUGGGGACAAUCCUAUGCAGGCAGAGGAGUGCAGUCAUGCAGGGUUAAACUGUAACUAUUUCUGUUGGACGUGUGACAUUGGUGGAACAAAAGAAUUCAAGGCAUCUGGUGAUGGUUACAGUAGCCUGUUCACAGUAAGCACAUAUUUGAAUCAAACUUUAACACCUGAUGACGUGCUUGUACAGUUUGAGAUGGCGUUGAAGUCCAGUGUGAUGGAGAAAAUCAAGAAUUCAGUGUCGUCGACGGGCAUUCGUGAUUCAGCCUCUAUCUCUAUCAUCAAUACCCUCGUCGAACUUGGAAAGAAGCUUCGAAAGCACGUGGCUGGUACUCAAGCAAUGUCUGAAGCUGACGUCACGGCUGCACUGGAGAAAGAAUUUGAGAAACUUCUGCGAGGCAACACAGUUGACGAUACCAUCAAUCCAUUGUUGGGGAUGGAUGGCCUCAAUAUGCACAUGGACAAGCCAACAGAAAUCCUGCAUACAGUGCUACUUGGUGUUGUCAAGUACUUCUGGGGACAAACGGUAUUUUUGCUCGAAAAAGCGAAGCUUAUGGAUGUCUUUCAGACCCAUCUCCAUUCCGUUGAUACUGAUGGACUGAAUGCUCCAUGCUUGGGUGCGGACUACAUCUGCCAUUAUAAAGGCAGCCUGAUCAGAAAACAUUUCAAGAGCUUGGCGCAAGUGAUGCCGUUCUUAAUUUAUGACCUCGUGCCCUCAACUGUUCUCAAUGCGUGGACUAUCAUCGGAGAACUCGUUGUGCUCAUAUGGCACACCAACAUAUUGAAUAUGGAAGCUUAUCUUGUAAGUUCAUAUGCAAGUGUAGAUUCUAGGUCUCACACUGAGUCUUUCAGGCAAUGUUAUCUCGAAUGA